AUGGAGAGCUUCUCUUCAGAGAGCAGGUAUGCCGUACAAAAUGCUUUCAAUGCGCUGCGCGAAACUAUCGGCAGAGAGCUCGAGAACGAGAUUGAAAAGAGAUUGAAACAAGAUGGCCAGUCGCAUGAAUUCCUAAUCGAGGAGCUUGAAAUUCUAAGAACUCGCACGGAAGAGGUGGACCGUCUAGAGGAGGAGAAUCGAAGACUGAGGUCAAAACUGUUGCAAUUCCACCAACAAAAUCGAGUCACGGAAUCACCAAGGGAAACUCCUCGUCCACGUGCUCUUAUGCACGAUCAAGCCACCAACACAGAACCGAAAACGACCGACUCUUCUGACAAUGGAGGCGACCUGGAACAGGUCUUGCGCGAGAGCCACAAGCUUCACCGGCGAUACAACGCAUUAGACAAGAACUUUAAACUCUUGAAAGAAGAAUUCCAGAAGAGAAGGGAAGAAAACAAGCGAUGGGAAGAGUAUGCGGCCAGCUUGGAGGCGAAGAUCAAGAGAAUCGAAGACAGACACGGGCAGUCAAUCGAUCCCACACAUGCAACCCAGUCCGCAUCAAAACCUAGCAGGCCUCGCCUUGCUGCCACUUCAAGCUUUUCUUCUGACCCCGGAGCUGAACCUCGCCUGGCGGUUACAGCAGCCGAAGUCCCAGCAGAAGAACAUAUUAAGCCGCGGACCGCACCAGCUCAUAGCGAUCAGACUCGAGAUUUGUCCACUGUAGAUUCAACCGAAGGAGAAACAACGGAAGGCAGUAAUGAUGUCGAGAUGCCUGUUCUCCCACCUUUGAGGCAGCCCACCAAUCCAGCUCCUGAAAUUCACAUCAAGCCCGAAUUAUCUUCUGAUGGCCCGGUAUUCGUUUCCGAGCGGCAUGUUGGUAAGAGGAAGCGCCAUGAUGACUUAGCUACGAACGAACCUGGACGACGCAAAGUCAAGGUUGAGAGCCCUAAGGCUGCUAUGGCUGGCUUGCCUUCUACGCAACUGCAACAAGAGAGCAUGGAUCUGGAUGAAGUUGGCCAAAGACUUAACACCCCCAGAAAGAACAGACAUUUGGAUGCCGAACGAGCAAAAACCACCGAACCGGUGUUUGUCAGACCUGAUGUCAUCAGCACACCGACAACAAGGUCGUUCGACAAUCCUGCGGUCUUAACGCCUGUGAAUCCCAAUGCGCGAACCGUGCGCCCGUGUGAGAGGAAGAUCGUGGAAAAGCCAACUAAGAAGGGACUUGCCGCAGAUAUAGGAACUCUCGCCGAGGAUGGUCUCGCUUACAAGAAGCCGGGCCGCGGAGAGCUUGUCGAAGGGCAGUUCCGCACCCCUCAACCUGCUGGUCGUUUGAGAGCACUUCUGAACGUACCAUCUCCAGAACAGGCGCCUGCCAUAGUGCGGUCAGCACCUCGACUCCGAGAUACGAAUACGUUGGAGGACGAUGGAUCUCUGUUCCCCGAGCGACGCAGCCUUCCAUUCAACAAAGACCGUAGGGACAAGUCAAGAGACACGACAUCAAAUCAAAAAGAAACUCAUGAGACCGUCGGGCCUACACCAACGCGUAACCUGGCUAGAAACCGGGCAGCUGUUGGUGCCCCUCUGGCGUCAUCAAAGCCAGCUCUACGAUCGAGACCUGUAGCCUCCUUGCGUCUAGAUGACUUCAAAAUCAAUCCCAAAUUCAACGGUGGGUCUGAUUAUGCAUAUUCGGAAGUGGUACGGGGCAAAGACGACCGGGCUUGCUUGCCAGGUUGUACGGACAUGAACUGUUGCGGUAAACAUUUCCGUGCCAUGGCUCUGGCUCAGAAGAAUAAUGCCGACCGCACCCCAGCAUCCGACAACAAGCUUUUCGAGGAUUAUCUUGGAGAUAGAAUAAGCACAGUUUGGGGAAUGUCCAAGGCGGAAAAGGAGGAGCUAUGGGUGGAAGCCAAAACUUGGCAGCUCGCCAACGAGCUGGGCAAGCAUCGCCACCGAUACGCUCGGCGGUCCUCUCCUCCAGGAUUCUGGAAUACAGACUUCCCCAGUACACAAGAGGUGGAAGCCGAGAAGGCCGAAGCAGAAAAGCGGGAAAAACAAAUGAUCCUAGAAAGACACCGGGAGGCUAUUAGGGGAGGAGGUCGCUGGGUGUUCAGGGAUGAAUGA